GUUUUCAUAUCGAGAUGGCGUUAUAGAGCGUUGUUGGUGACCUGCUAGAUGGAAAUGGCCAGCCUCACACGGAGAGCAGGCGUACGUUGUCAUGAUGGGAGGUCUUCAUAUCGAGAUGGCGUUAUGGAGCGUUGUUGGUGACCUGCUAGAUGGAUCUGGAUGGACUGCUGCCCUUACAGAAUCAAACGUAGCCUCAUCGGGUGAAGCCGAUUCCUUCUUAAGGGUGACUCAUCUAACAAGGACCAGACACGCCCAUCAAGUUACUGUUCUGGCAUUACAGAAACUAAAGAGCGAGGCGUUUUCACACAGCGGCGACCAGUUAACGACGGCUGAAUGGGAGCAAACAAUGAAGUCAAGCCCAACAUUUCGCUUCUGUAAUGCAAUACUACACUACCAGAUGCUAGUCUUACUAGUGGUGCGUGCUCAACGUCAGCGAAAUUUUGUCUUGUAUGUGGAAGCCUUGGAGGAACUGGUUCCGCUGUUUUUCGUGUUGGACCAUGUAAACUACGCCAGAUGGACGCCAAUUCACAUCAGGGACAUGAAAAGCCUUCCACAAAGUAUCACCGAGAAGUUUCAAGACGAGGGCCAGUUUGUCUUGUUAAGGACUGGCAACGACUUUUCAGCAAUGCCGUUCGACCAGGCCCAUGAGCAGGAAAACAAGAUCGUGAAGAGUGCAGGCGGGGCAGUUGGACUCAAGAGAAUCCGACAGCUUUCAGAUGAUUCUUUUUACUACCUGAAGUCAAUUUCAGGAAAUAGAGAGAACUUCAAGGCCCACGUGUUGACUGAAGAUAUUACAGAAGAAAACCUGGAGCUAUGGAUAUCUGAGUACGAAGUCAUUAAUAACGUUUCCAUCAAGCUCAAGACAAAGAAAAACCCCACGAGUGGCUACGUGCUUCAGAAUUAUUAUAGGUGUCAGCAUAAUACUCGCAACUGGAGCCCAAGUAAGGACCCACAGAAAAAAUUACAUAUCAAUCCUUCUGCUAGAGUGAAAAACACCAACUGUCCCUUCCAGAUGAUUGUCAAAUUGGACCACAAGGGGUGCUGCUAA